UUUCCUUCAUUGAUUUCAGGUGUGGCCGUGCAGCAGGCAGCAGGGCAGGUGAGUCUGCAGGCUGGAGGGAGAAAGGAGCUUGCAUCUCACACCAGCAGCAGCCGUGGACACCAGCUGCUUCUCACCCACAGCUGACUGCAGUCUGAACACUCUGGCUUGGAAAUGGCUAGCAGAAUCACUUGUGCCAAAGUGUUACGGUUCAUCCGGAGCCUGACCCGUAAGAAGCCUCUGGAGCCAGAGGGUGAGGAGUCCAACUUCUGCCGGUGCCUGACCACCUUGGACCUGGUGGGUCUGGGUGUUGGCAGCACAUUAGGAGCUGGUGUCUACGUGCUGUCAGGAGAGGUGGCCAGGGAAGUAGCCGGCCCCAGCAUCAUCAUCUCCUUCCUGGUGGCAGCCGUGGCUUCCAUCUUUGCAGGGCUGUGUUACGCUGAGUUUGGAGCCCGGGUCCCCAAAACGGGCUCAGCUUACCUCUAUAGUUAUGUGACUGUAGGAGAGGUGUGGGCGUUUGUGACCGGCUGGAACCUGCUGCUGUCCUACGUUAUUGGAACUUCUAGUGUAGCAAAGGCCUGGACUGGAACCUUUGAUGACCUCAUCCACAACGUUAUUGCUGAAACUCUAAUAGAACAUACACCAAUGGACUCACCUGGCUUGGCUCUAUACCCAGACUUCUUUGCAGCUGGGCUGAUAAUGCUCCUCGCUGGUGUUCUUGCAUUUGGUGUGAAGGAGUCGGCGAUCGUGAACACAGUUUUUACUGCCGUGAAUGUGACCGUGUUGGUUUUUAUCAUCAUCUCUGGCUUCAUAAAGGGAAAUGUCAAAAACUGGCGCAUCAGUGAAGAAACUAUCCUGAAUGCAAUUCUCCAGAUGGAGAACUUUACAUCGACACAAAAUGAAACAACUGACUUCGAGUUUGGUGUUGGUGGCUUCUUCCCCUUUGGCUUCGAUGGCACUUUGGCAGGAGCAGCAACUUGUUUCUAUGCUUUUGUUGGAUUUGACUGCAUUGCCACAACAGGGGAGGAGGUGCAGAACCCACAGAGGGCUAUACCUCUUGGGAUCGUGGCGUCCCUGCUCAUCUGCUUCUUGGCCUACUUCGGCGUGUCAGCUGCCGUGACACUCAUGAUGCCGUACUAUCUGCUCGACAGCCACAGCCCUCUACCUGUGGCCUUUGAAUAUGUUGGCUGGGAGCCCGCUAAGUACGUUGUGGCUGUGGGAUCCCUCUGUGCACUCUCAACAAGUCUCCUGGGAGUGAUGUUCCCAAUGCCGAGAGUGCUCUUUGCCAUGGCGAGAGACGGCCUGCUCUUCAAGCCUCUUUGUUACAUGAGCUCCAGGCAAAGUCCUGUCUUCGCCACACUGUCUUCAGGAGCUGUGGCCGCUUUCAUGGUCCUAUUAUUUGACCUAAAGGCGCUGGUGGACAUGAGUUCAAUUGGGACCAUCUUUGCCUACACUCUUGUUGCAGUGUGUAUUCUCAUUUUAAGGUACAAAGAACACCCUGAUUUUGCCCAUGUCCGGGACCCAUUUACAGUAAUGGGGCUAUUAAGGCCCCCAUGUCGACCCACCCACCGCACCUCUAAAAAUGUCAACAUAGUCACAAUCGUUAUUCUGUUCCUGGUGAUCGUUUUAAGCGUGCUGUUGUCCGAAGCUCUGCAGUCCCUCCGUAGACGAGUGCUGUGGAGCGUGCUGCUCGUCUCUGUCCUCUUGCUGACACUGGUCCUCGCUGUUGUUAUCAUCUGGAGACAGCCACAGAGCACGACUAAAGCUACUUUCAUGGUUCCUGGUCUACCUGUAAUUCCAGUUUUAAGUAUUUUCAUCAAUACCUACCUGAUGGUUCAGUUAGGAGGAGAAACUUGGAUCAGCUAUGCUGUCUGGAUGGCAGUAGGCCUGAUCAUCUACUUCAGCUACGUUCGUCAUAGUGUCCAAAAACAAAGGCUCCGGGAGGCUCGCACCAGGCUGCAGAUAGUUCCUGUAAAUAUUGACGUUGCUGCUUGAUGUUGAGUUGUAUUGUGUGACGUGUUGCUGUCCACUUACAUGGAAUAAGAUGGCCACAGAAUGUUUAAGCUAAUCGAGGAAUUACCUUGAAAUCCUUUUUAUUAUUUUAUACAGGACUGACCUCUUCCUCUGAGGUGUUUUUAUGCUAACAAUUGCAUUGGUAAAUGUAUGUUUAUGGUAUUAUGUCCUACACUCGUAAGUCUUGUCAUAUUAUCCAUUAUGGCUCUUCAGUCAUUCAAGACUUUGCA